UGUACGUUUGGCUCUAUAAUAGUUUUAUUAUUACUAAAGAACAUACGCCUUGAAUAAGGGACGGGCUGUUGUCAGUUAUCUUAUAGGGAUUACAAACAUAUUACAAAAACAGUUUUCAGUAUAAAAAAUAAUUGGAAAGAAAGGCAGUCAUGGCGCUCGACAAUUCAACUCUCCAUGAGGAUGGUCAUGAUGACGACCACAGUGCAUCUGUUAUAUUUUUUAUAUUUGCUAGUUUUGGUUUUGGAGCUUUAAUGCGACAAGUGAUGAAAUUUAUUCCCGUCCGAUUGGCUUAUACUGUGGUUUUACUGCUGCUGGGUGUUAUAUUUGGAUCUAUAUCUGAUGCUGUUCCGGCUUUAGAACGUUAUGCGACCCUUGUUGAUGCCAAUCCUCACCUUAUACUACACACAUUUUUACCCGUUUUACUAUUUGAAUCAGCUUUUGCUUUAGAUUUUCAUACAUUUAAGAAAACUUCAGCUCAAGUUUUAAUAUUAGCAGUUCCCGGAUUAGCUUUAUCGUCUGUGUUAAUAAGUAUUAUGGCACAGUAUUUAUUUGACUACAACUGGGAUUGGAAUAUUGGAAUGCUGUUUGGUUCUUUGAUGAGUGCUACAGAUCCUGUUGCAGUAGUUGCUAUACUUAGAGAAGUCGGGGCAUCCAAAAAGCUCUCAAUAAUGAUUGAGGGUGAAUCUUUGUUGAAUGAUGGUGCUGCUAUUGUGUUCUUCAAUAUAUUCCUUAUUUUAUCAACUACAACAAACGGGUUAACCGGUGGUGAAAUUGCCGUAUAUUUUUUAAGAGUAGCCAUUGGUGGACCAGCUUUUGGCUUAUUAAUGGCGAUUAUAACUAUUCUGUGUUUGACUCAUGUAUUUAAUGAUGUCAUGGUGGAAAUAACUAUAACAUUAGCUUCUACGUAUGCUACAUUUUAUAUCGGUGAAGAAUUAUUGGAAGUAUCUGGUGUGUUAGCUGUUGUAGUUUUAGGUGUAGCCUUGAGCAGUAUGAAAACCAGUAUCAGUCCCGAAGUUGAGGCCUUCUUACACAGUUUUUGGGAAACUUUGGCUUAUUUAGCCAACACUCUUAUCUUCAUAAUUGUCGGUGUGGUAAUUGCAAAAAGAGCCAUCUCUCUUAUACACGGUGUGGACUGGUUUUAUAUGAUUGCGUUAUACCUGGGGUUACAAUUUAUCAGGGCCGCUGUCACGCUAGUAUUUAGUCCUAUACUAAAAAGAAUAGGUUACGGCUUGACAUGGCAAGAAGGCCUUGUUUUGACAUGGGGCGGUUUACGUGGUGCUGUUGGUCUAGCAUUGGGUUUGUUGGUGAUGGAGAAUAACCUUUUAGACUUGGAGAAAGUACGAGUUAAGAUAUUGAUUCAUGUUUCCGGUAUCGUAUUUCUGACUUUACUGAUAAAUGCUACAACAAUUCCUUACUUGUUGAAAACAUUGGGAAUGAAUGAUAUAUCUAUUGCCAAGAGAAUGGCAAUGGCGAGUGCCAUGAAACAUCUUCAGGAGCUCAGACACAAAACUCUUAAUAUGUUAAAGACAGACAGGUUUCUGGCAGAUUCUGAUUGGGAACUGGUUGAAAGAUCUUGUGAAAUAACAUCACCUUAUAAAACAUCAAAAGACGAGCUUGAACUGGCGAAAAAACAAAUCCGUCCCAAAGCAAUUUGUCCUGACUGCAACUCUUGUCUACCUAUACAACCAACACAGAAAGAACUGGGCGAUAUGACUGAUGAGGCUAUACUUAGGUUAUUAAAAGCAGAGAAAUUAAGUUAUUGGAGACAGUUUGAACAAGGCAUGUUAUCCCGAGAAUCAGUUCGUACACUGCAAGGUUUUACUGAAGUAGCAUCCGAUAAAAAGGGAGCAUUUAUAGAUCCUAAUGACGUUAAAUCAUCGUGGAAGAUACCCAAAGUAUUACUUAAACUAAGAAAACUAGUGAAGAACCUCAUUCAAAAAACUCCACAAUGUUGUUCAAACAAUCCUUUUAUAAGUAGAUUAUUUGUGGUGGUAGUAUCCAGGCCAUUUCGUAUCUGUAUUUACAUCAUCCUUGCCUUUGAUAUGGUCAACUGGAUAUUGUCGUUAGUCAGUGAAAGAGCUGACCAGUGGCAUGACUACAGGAUCUACUUCCGGUCCAUCAAUGCGACAUUUGUCAUCAUCUAUAUUUUUGAGUUCCUGGCUAAGGUCAUAACGCAGAGAGGAGAAUAUUUUAAGCUUGUAUGGCAAAUAAUCAGUUUUAUAAUCAUUAUUCAUGGAAUUAUUGACGUGGCUUUGGAGUUUUCAUUUCCUUCGAAGGAAUACGUCAUUUUGAUAUUUAUUAUCUUCAGGUGUAUUCGUGUACUUCGAUUUAUUGAGGCCAUGCUGAAUAUGAUAUUGAAAUUUCUGGAUUAUCAGAUGACAACAGGAAUAAGUAUAGGCUAUGACGUGGGAAGAGGUUAUGUAGCAGGAGAAGAAGAAGUUCGUAAAUUAAUUGAUAGAAUGGUUGAUAAUGCAGAUAUAGCGUCACAUUUAAAGAACACUAGUGACAAUGGGAAACUUGAAGUUAUUCGUUGUCUAGGUAUAUUACAGAAAGAAUAUCCCCAAAUUGCACUCUCAGUUAAAACAAGGCAAGCAGCGAGAAGUGUUUUAAACAGUUUAAGAGAUGGAAUACAGAAAUUAUUAGAAGAUGGUGUUUUACAAGAAUCGGAAACUGAAAAAUUACACCAAAAAGUAGAGGAUAAAAUGAAAAAAGUGUUGUCUCUACCACCUAAAAUCCCAGUCCCACCACCAGACAAGAUGUUAAAUAAUGUUACUUGGUUAGAACAGGAUCAAGAAAUCAUUGACUUUAUAAAGGCUAGAGCUAAAUUAGUUAAUUAUAGUUUUGAUGAUGUAAUAGUAAAAGAAGGAGAUCCAUCUAAUGGUAUAUAUAUUAUUGUUUCUGGUUUAGUCAGGUUUACUAGAAGCAAGAAGGGAAAAAUAGACAGCAAAUCAGAAGAUAAAGUAAUGGACUUUAUGUCUACAGGAAGUAUAAUUGGUGAAAUGGGUUUGUUGACACAUGGUAAUAGAAUGGCCAGUGUUAUGUGUGAAACUGCAGUGCAGGCGCUGUUUAUUAGCACUGCUGAUAUGGAAGAAGCAUUUAACGAAUUUGAUGAUACUGACCCAACUCUAGAAUAUAGACUAUGGAAAGUUUGCGCUACACGAUUAGCUGUUGGUAUUUUAAUGGAGCAACCUUCAUACCAGGGCAUCACACGUGAAAAGAUUAAAUUGCGACUAGAAUCUGCUUAUAUUACUGCUGGAGCAGACUUUACAAUGAAUUCCAAAAUGGCGGAUGUAGUACUAAUCCAUGGGGAUGCCCUGAAUGCCUUUACCAGAGACGAAUAUCAUGGGCCAUGCUACAUUCCUUGGACAUGUUUAAAACUAAACUUUCUGUUAGAGAAAAUCAGCAACCCAAUUCUACUGGUGAUACCGAGUGAAACUGGAGAUUCUAUUAUUGGAGUGCCAACAUACAGGCGUCAGUCCUACCAUCCUGAUCACCCGGCAUCCAUCGGCUAUGAAGAUAGAAAAUGCAUAACGCAUAAGUCCCAACAAAGUCCUGAAUCUGAGAAAGGGAAGAAAACCGUAUCAUUUAAAGGACGACAUACAUCUAGAGUUGGUGUUUUAAAUCCAGAUGAUUUUAAAAUGAAUGGAUCAGUUGUCCACGAUUACAAAGGUGUUGCAAAUGGUAUUAUCGAGGCUUCUGAAGAAAUAGAAAAUAACACCGACAGGACUACAAUGAACAAAACUGGAACUAGUUCAGAAACUAAGCAAAAUGAGCAGUCAACGAAAUAACAAGUAAUUUAAAAUGUUUGAAAACACCCCCCCCACACACACACACACGCACACACACAUCUUGGUCACUCGAUGCACACGGAACAUUCUGAUUUCGAACAACGACAACAACAAGAAGAUGAGUAGCUGGUCAAAAAAAAAAAAAAAAAAAAAAAAGAAAAGACAAAUACAUUGGCGUCUUUCUAAAUAGCCCCACCCCUCCCCAUUUGCUUAAUGCACAUGUUUAUUUAUACUUGUAUUACUAAUAUGUAUUAUAUACGCAUAUUUGAUUAUUUUGUUACCUAUGUAAAUGUAUCAACCUGAUAAAACACAGAUCCUAUUUCGUUUCGUUUUUUAUAAUUCACAAUUUCGAUUUACUUGUCUUUACUACACUAGGAUCUGGAAGUGGUUGCUGUGGGGAAUUAGCCAAUAAAACGGUCUGUUGCGGCGAGUUCUUGGCGUGCGAAACACGGAACUGUGGGUGUCCAACUAGAAACAUCAACCAUGGUUGGUUAAUCAAAAGCCGCUCGUUUGGCCCUGACGGGAUCCCCCACUACAACCAGUCAGAUCUGCAUGUUGUGGAGACAAUCGAAAAUAUAAAAAAACGAAACGAAAUAUAGAUCUGUAUUUUAAUCAGAUUGUAAAUGUAUGUACAUGUAAUUUAAAAAUAAUGUAUGACUGUAUACAUAUAUUUUAUAUAUAUAUUAGAUACAGACAAAUAAACUUUCAUCAAAAGUA